UCCUUGUCAGUAUGAUUGCUCUUCAGAAUUUGACAUGAGAAUAGAAAAGCGUUGAACGAUUUGAAAAUCAGAUACAAACAAGCUAGAAAUAAGAAGCUAGAAUAUGCAAAGUUCGUAUGUCUGAAAAAUUAAACGAUGGCGGUUUUAGAUUUGCGAAGCGUUAUUCUUGCUCUGAUGAGCUUUGAUUUGUGGAUACUGGUAAACGUUAGACGAUCGACUAAGAAAAUUGGACAAUUUUUGAACGUUAUGUUUGAAAUAACCGUUUUGAUCAUCUUCGUAGUGGGAAUAUUAUCGAUUUACGCUCUGCCCCAAUUGCGUUUACGAUUAACUACUUACGACGACGAUGCUUCUAUUCGCGGAGGAAUGAAAUCGCCCAAUGUAAUUGGAAUAACCGAUGCAUCCAAGAUACACGAGGCUUCUAAAGUCGAACAAGAACUCAAGCAUUUGAAGACCAAAGCACUGAGUUUGGAAAUGGCCUUUCGGAGAAUGAACUCACAACUCCGUGCAAUACACAUUCGCGAUCAAUUUAAAGAUGAGGAACUAGCGGAUUUCGCAUCCGAGGCGGCCGGAGGUUCGGUUCUGGAAACGCCGAAUACCGAGUCGUUUUACGAGUCGAAAAUGUAUCUGUCACUGUUCGGUAUUCCUCUGUGUAAGCCAAAUCAUCUAACACCAAGAAAAGUAAUUCAACCUUGGAGCGAAGCUGGCGAGUGUUGGGCAUUUCGUGGCGAUCGUGGAAACAUUAAAAUCGAAUUGGCUCACGCGGCGUUUAUCGAGCAAGUAGCUCUUGAACACAUCCCUGUGACGGCUUCAUUAACCGGAAAAAUUGAUUCUGCGCCCAGGGAAUUCCGAGUCACGGCUCUAAUUCCUGGAGAAUCCAUAAGUACUCAAACAUUUAUGUACAAUCAAUACGGUUCAUCCUCGCAAAUCUUUCACAUAACGGACGAAAAGUUCACGGAGAGACCAAUAAAAAUAGUAAUUUUGGAGAUCUUGUCCAACUGGGGCAAUUCAAAUUAUACCUGCGUCUAUCGAUUCAAAGUACACGGAAGAAUUUCUUUGUAAACCCAUUAAAAUAUAAAAAUUCGUAUUUUUAACGUC